UUCUCUCUCUUAUCUCCUCCAGUCACACUCUUAUUACCUAUUCAGAUUCUCCAUUAGAGAGUAGAAACAAGCUUUUUAGGUUUUUCCUUUCAAAGGAAGCUUCUCGGUUCUAUAAAAUCCUUCUUAGUUUUUAAGGGUUUGUGAAAGAGAGAAAUGGGUCGACAGUCAAAUGCAGCAAAACUCGCCGCCAAGGCUUUAAUGGAGGACGAGAACAAGAAUGCAGAUCAAGAGAUGGAGAACCAGGUGAAGGUAAAUGCUAGAAAAAAGAGAGCAAUAAUGUCUGUGAUAAGAAAAUCUGGCCGCAUUCACAAGAAAGUGACACAAUCAACUAGUAAAAUGGUUGAAAAAAACGUGAUUGAGGAAAUAAGGAUUUCAGAGAGUGAUAAAGAUGAUGGGCAUCUUAACAAUGAUGGAAAAAGUGGUUUACCAGAGAUUCAGAAGACUGUUGAUGGAAGAACCUUGGAAGAGAAAGUUGAAUACCUUCUUCAAGUUGUAGACCAACUGUUGAAGAAGCCCAAUGUCUCCAAUGAUCAAUACCCAAGAAAAAACACUUCCCUCAAGGGUCUGAAAUCCAUAGACGCCCAAAAAGAGAUUGAAUCCCUCAAGGAAGAAAAUAAUCAGCUUUGCAAGAAGUUGGACAUUGCUGUUGGGAAAUUAGAAGCGUAUGGUGAAGGAAACAGGGUUCUUCUAGACACUUUGAAGGAAGUAAUUCUGAGCCCAAGUCAAGCAAUGCCAACCAAUACUCUACUUUUACCAGCGGCAAAAGAUGCGAAAAUGGAUGAGGUUGUUGAGUCACCAACUAAUGGUGUUGCCAAGAAACGGGGUAGAAAGGCGCAGGUGCGACAAAUUGAUUGAUAUGAUUAGAUGAGGAGCUUAGUUUUGGUUAGAUAGCUUAUUUUUGCACAAGGGGGUUAUGAUGCUAUCUAACUAUUCAAGAAGAAACUCUUAUUACUAUUUAAUGCUUAGUGUUAAAUUAAAUGCUGUGGGAUUUGAAAACACCAAUGUUAUAUCUGUGGUUUUUGAGUUUGUAAUUGACUUAUUGGUAUCUAUAUGUAUUAUUAAGACGGAUGAUAUUUAAAUGUUGUGAUUCCUUAUUUGUA